UUUUAGAAAAAGGUGAUUACCGAUAUUGCACUUAGAAAAUUGGAAAUUCCGUUCAGGGUAAUUUCUAAUCGGAAAGUGGAAAAAUACAUACUGCUUGUAAACAAAGCUGUAUCUAAGGUUGCAGACAAUGUUUAGCGUAAUGGAACAACACUCGCCAGUAGAAACAAUAGACGAUGUUUUGAUCUCAGCACUCGACUCUAACAGUAUCACACCAAUGGUCAAAUAUGAACUGGCUAUGAAAGUUAAACACAAGCGACAGAUAAGCGGAGAAGAAGAAAUUAAAAACCUGUUUGAACCUCCAAAAAAUUAUGAGCUUACACCUGAAGAAAAAACAAAAAUGGAAAAUAGAAAACAGAGGAACAGAGAAUCCGCGGAGAAAGCAAGAGUAAAAAGAAAGCGUAGAGAAGAAGUUUUAGAAGGGGAAUGCAAAACGCUAGAAGAUCAGCAAAGAUCCUUAAACUCUGAUAUAAAAAAGCUUAAAUUGUGUAGAAAAGUGUACAACACUCUGCUUCACAUGCAUGCAGUUGGCGGGACGUGCACCUCAAAUCCAGCAAAUCACCUGCAACAAGUACAACUCACACAGGGAAGUCCUCUAAUGAAUACAUGAUGCUUAACGACUUACUACUAUUCAUCUAUAUAAACUACCAUCCCAGGUAACGAGAAACUCUGUUUUGAAUAAUUCCAUCAAGAACAGAAGAAUGUGUCUGUUGGUACUGUAGAGGACUAUCUCAUAAAAAGACUUUCAAACUUGUUUUCAAAUUUGUUUUUUUUUCAGCGUAAAAUUCACGUUUAACAAUUGAAUUUGUUAUCUGUAAUUAAGGUUUUUCGAACAGGAUCAAGAAGAAAAAGCAUAAACAGGCAGCCGUCUGUUUUAACAGAAAUAACUUUUGAUAUUAUUUCGCCGUUUUAGAAUAUAUCAUUCUGGGUAUUAUUUUCAAAAGUGUACACCAAAAGCUUUUAAUAAGAUUUAAAUUACGUUCUAAAAUAUUGAAAUUCAACCAAUGAAAUGACGUAAUUUUUCAUUACGUGGAACGAGCAAAGAAAUCACCCAAAAUCCUUCAAAUUCUGAACCGGCAAAAUUAGAUAAACCCUCAUGUAUUUCUACCUCUUAUUACAUCACAGUUCUACGUGUAUGUCUUGGAUGAAUGAAUUUGUAAUGUGAUCAUUUUAUUUCAAUAAAGAUCAGUAUGUAAGAUCGUCUUUUAUAUAUGUCUUGUAAUGGAGCCAAAAAUAAAUAUAAAAGUUUUUUAUUCUG